AUGAAUACAAUGCCUCGUAACUUUUCAUCUCUUGAAAUUAAUGAUGAAAUUAACAAAAAUGUAAGUGACAUAUGGAUUCAAACAGAAUUUUUCUUAUUUCUUAUGGGACAAAUCUUUGCUAUUCCAUGUUAUUUAUUCGUUAUGUACCAUAUUUUGGCACAUCGAACUGCUCGACGAGCUUUACACAAUCAUGUAAUUAUUAUGAUAUUAUUUUAUUGUUUUCUUGAUUUAAUAAUUGAUUUAUCAUUAACAAUGAGCUAUUCAUUAUCGAAAUCAGUGCCACUCUUUUCGCCUAUCCUUUGUCUUACUUGGCAAUUUGUCGACUAUGGCAUUUGGUACGGAUCGAUAUCUCUGAUGCUUUGGGCAUCAAUAGAAAGACAUAUCCUUGUGUUUCAUGUCAAUCUCGUUCGUACAAGUCAACGUCGUCUUCUUUUUCAUUAUAUACCAUUGAUAUUCUUUUCUUUUUACACUCCAAUAUUAUAUUUUUAUUUAAUUUUUAUUUAUCCAUGUCAUAUGACUUAUGAUGAUAAAACAAUUCGUUGUGGUAGUCUUUGCUAUUUGAAUACAGCUCCAGCUUGGUUUUUCUAUUAUGAUAUCCUUACUCAUUAUGUUAUUCCAGUAUUACUAGUGGCUGUUUUCAGUGCCAUUCUUAUCCUACGGUUUCUCAAGCAAAGAUCACGUUUGAAACGAGCAACUAAAUGGCGUCAAUGUCGAAAAAUGAUUAUUCAAUUGGGACUUGUUUCAAUAUCCUACAUUGUUUUUGAUUUACCCUAUAUAAUUAUCGUUAUUGUUCAAUCAUCCGGUUAUCCAGAAUUUGGUCGUAAAAUUCUUUCACCAUAUAUUUCACAUAUGGUAUACGUACCAGCAAUCAUUGUACCCUAUGCGAUUCUGUUAUCAUUACCUCGAUUAAAACAGAAAUUACGAGUAAUAUUAUUCUGGAAGAGAACUAGACGGAUAAUAUCUCCGAUGACUAUAAUUCAGUAG